AUGAGCCGCUACCGCAACUCGGCCGUGGGGUCGCGCUCCGGCUCCGAGGAGCGCGAGACGCCGCCCCCGCCCACCCCCUCCAGGGUGAAGGUGCGCUGCAACUGCGACGAGCUGCUGGCCGCCGAGUGCCACCUCGAGACCAAGGAGCUGUGGGACAAGUUCCACGACCUGGGCACCGAGAUGAUCAUCACCAAGACCGGCAGGCGCAUGUUCCCGACGUGCCGCGUGUCGUUCACGGGCGUGCGCGCCGAGCAGCGGUACGCUGUGCUGAUGGACAUCGUGCCGGUGGACAACAAGCGCUACCGCUACGCCUACCACCGGUCGUCGUGGCUGGUGGCCGGCAAGGCGGACCCGCCCGCGCCCUGCCGCCUCUACAUGCACCCCGACUCGCCCUUCACCGGCGAGCAGCUGCGCAAGCAGGUCGUCUCCUUCGAGAAGGUCAAGCUCACCAACAACGAGAUGGACAAGAACGGACAGAUCGUGCUGAACUCGAUGCACCGCUACCAGCCGCGCAUCCACCUGGUCAAGUGGCGGGAGCACGGCGGGCCCAUUACCGAUCUGGAGAGCGAGCAGUACCGCACCUACAUCUUCCCCGAGUCCGUGUUCACCGCCGUCACCGCCUACCAGAACCAGCUGAUAACGAAGCUGAAAAUAGACAGCAAUCCUUUUGCUAAGGGCUUCAGGGAUUCAUCAAGGUUAACAGAUUUUGAUAGGGACCCGAUGGACGCGAUGUUCGUAGACCAGCACUUCCUGCGCUCCCCCGCACUGCGGCUGUACUCGGAGAUGGACGCCGAGAACAACAACGCGGCGGCGGCGGCUGCAGCGGCAGCGGCGGGAGGCGGCGCGGGCUUCUUUUCUGCCGCCAUGAUGGAGAAGGCGCGCGCGCACCUGUCACUGUGGGGGCGACCCUACUCGCCCGCGGAGCUGCACGCGCUGCUGGGGGCGGCGGCCGUGCAGUCGCCCCCGCUGUGGGCCGCCGCCUCCGGCGCGGGGCCCGGCGCGCCGCGCAUGCCGCCGCUGCCGCUGGCCGGUCACCUCUGGGUCGGGGGCGGCGCCCCGGCGCCAAUCCCGCCGCCCGCGGCGGCCGCGCCGGCCCCGGCGCCGCAGUCGUCGUGGUCGGUGCUGUCGCCACCGCCGACGUCUUCGUCGAGCUCGUCGGGGUCGCCGUCGCCGUCGUCGGCCGGCGCGGCGGAGCUGCGGCUGCCGCGGCCCGUCUUCCCGCAGCGCUUCAGCCCCUACCCGCUGGUGGCGGCGCCCGUGCCCGUGCCGGCGGCCAAGCAGCUGUCGCCGCCCGCCGCGCCGCCCACCGGCCCGCAAGACCACCGCGCCAACUGA